UAUUUGUUAAUGAUGUCAAAUGAGAACAUUGCACUGCUCUCUAAUAUUUGUACCUUCAAGCUGUUUUUAGUGAAUACAGAAUUACAUGAACCUUUUUUGAACAUAUACGCCGUAUUUAUCAUAUUAAUUCGUAUAUGUACUGAUGCAAAAUCCAUCAUUUAGCUUAGAGUAUAAUGUUUGAUGCUCAAGUACGAGUACGCAUUUUCAAUGCUUUAUGGUUUCAGUAUCUUGGACCGUGGUAUGAAAAUCAACCAAAAACCGGUAAUAUUAACAAUUCCAAUAUGAAUAAUAACACUAAUAAUGUUAACGAUGAUACAUGUGAAAAAUUAUUGGAAGGAAUUGCUGAAGCCAAAAGCACCAUUGAUUUAUUUUUAAAUAAUCGAUUUGAAGAAGCAAAGAAUCGUUUACACAUGAAUACACAUAGUGGUAUGUAUCAAGAAUUAUCAAAUUCUACAAUUUUAUUUAUUCAAGGAAUGGCUACAAUAGAACAGGAAAAUCUUGAAACCGCUAAAGAACAAUUAAAAACAACACUUAAAGCAUGUCAAGCAAAUCGACGUAAAGCAGCUAUUAGUGAAACAUUCACUAAACAAAUUGAGAAAAGUCGUAAUAUCAUUUAUAGUUUAUAUACAGAUGAACAGGCUCAUGCUGAACUUUGUUAUGCAGAAGGUUUACUUCAAUUGGCAUUUCUUUCAAUGUUACAAGAUGAAAAAUUAACAAGUCUUAUAAAAUGUUCUUUGAAAAUAAGACAAUGUUACAAAUGUUACCGAAUAUGUUGGAGAAUAUUAAAAUAUCGAAAUUGGCAAAAUGAAAUUAGUAAAUCAGCUUUUGAAAGUGGUGUACAUUUAGGUGUUGGAGCUUUUAAUUUAAUGAUCUCCAUGCUUCCUAGACGUGUAUUGAAAUUAUUGGAAUUUGUCGGAUUCUCCGGAGAUCGUCAAUUCGGUUUAGAACAACUUAGAAUGGGUGCAGGAAUGAAAGAUUCAUUACGUGGUCCGCUAUGUGCUCUAUUAUUAUUAGCAUAUGAUUUAUAUGCUACUCAUAUGUUAGGUGACAGUGUUGUCAGUGUAUCUUCUGAACAACCAGAACAUAUGAAAGAAGCUCGUGAAUUAUUAGAUCAUUGGUCUGUUGUAUAUCCAAAUAGUGCUAUAUUCUUAUUAUUAUCUGGUCGUUUAGAAGAAAUAUCUGGAAAUUUACAUCAAGCUAUCACAUUAUUUCAACGUUCAAUAAAUUCACAAUCUGAUUGGAUACAUUAUCAUCAUCUAUGUUAUUGGGAAUUAAUAUGGUGUUAUGCAUUACAAGCAGAUUGGCAAAAAGCAAUUUUAUACACAGAGAAAUUAGCAUUAGAAAGUCGGUGGAGUCAAGCAUCUUAUAGAUAUAUGAAAGCAGCUUUCCUUUUACAAAGUAUAGAAGAUCGUACUGCAUAUGAAAUGAAAAAUCAUGAUGGUGUAAUUGAAAAACCACAAGAAGUGGUUGAUCAAUUAUUAACAGAUAUACCGCAUAUGAUCAAACGUUUCGGUGGUCGAUCAUUACCAAUUGAAAAAAUUGCUUUGAGAAAAUCUUCACGAUAUUUUGCACAAAAUAAAAGACUAACUCUUCCAGCUUUAGAACUUAUAUUCAUUUGGAAUGGAUUCAAAAUGAUUCAGUCACAACCAGAUGCUAUAACAGCAUUUAUUAUGAUAUGUGAGAAUAAAAUUAAUGAAUUAUUUCAAAAUAGAGAUACAAGUGAAACAUUUUAUGAUGAUUAUUGUUUAGCUUUAAUGCUUAAAGGAGUUUGUCUUAGAUGUCGUGGUCAAGCAUUUCAAGCUUAUAUGUGUUUCACUGAAAUAAUACAAUCUAAACGAAAAUUAAAAAUGGACACUUAUCUUUUACCAUAUUGUGAAAUGGAAUUAUGUCAUUUAUCAUAUGAAGAAGGAGAAAUUGAUGAAGCAGUGAAACAUUUAGAAAAAGCAUUAAGUUAUAAAAAUUAUCAUUUAGAAUCAAGAUUACACUUUCGUAUUCAUGAAAUGGAUACACGACUUAAAGAGAAUAAACGUAAACUAUCAAGUGUCACUAUACAUCAAGAACAACAAUCUCCAAUUAUGAAAAAAGCUGGCAGUGAAUACUUUCUUACAUCACCAAGUAUCUUUUCCAAUAAUAGUAAUAAUAAUAAUAACAAUAGUGAUAAUAAAUCAAUAUCAUCGUUUAAAUCAGUUGAUAUUCCUGCAAAUUAUUCAUCAUUAACAUCAACAUCAGAAUCGUUAACAGUGCCGUCAUCAUCAUCAUCAACAAUAACAACAACAACAACCAAAGUGAAGGGUGCUUUAUCGGCAAGAAAUUUAUCGCAUUCAAAAAAUAGUAGUGUUGAAACAUUGUCUUUAUCAUCCGAUGCAAGACGAUUAUUUGAUGAAGAUGAUUUAGACGAUGAUGAAACAUUCAUUAUGGAUUAUAUACAAGAUGAAUAGAUUUACUGGUAAUAUGCUUUUGCCAUGAUUUACUCAUUAUAUACAUUGUAUAAGAAAACAAUUAUCCUGAUAGAAGAGAAUUGAAAAGAAAUUUUGUUUGUUUGUUUGUACUUUCAACAAGAACAAAAGAAAAAACCCCCCAUAAAAAAUCAAGAAUACAAAAUUUAAUAAAAUUCCAAUUCAUGCACAAUUAUUUUUUUUCUUUUUUUUUGGAUUGAAAUCUAAAACAGAUUGUUUAUUGUUACUAUGGUUACUAUCACCACCACCACUACUACUACUGCUUCUACGACUACUAAUAUCAUUCAUAUCAGUAGUAGUAGUAGUUCUUCUUCUUCUUCUUCUUCAAAUAUCUACAUGAUACUGUCUUGUUACUUAUUUUUAUUUGCAUACAUUAUUAAAUUAAACUUUAUUUGGUUUGUAUUAUUAUUUUUGUAAGAAUCGAGUAUAGAUAAUGCGUGCAAUUCUAUACAUACAUACAUAAACAGAUAACUAUAAUCCAUAUACAUUUCAAUCAUGAUAACCAAUCCAAUUUCUUCCAUGAUAUAAAGAAAGGAAACAGAAAGAAAGAACUUACUUGUUGCUGUGGUUGUUGUUGACAGUUUAAUCUUUUAUUCAACUCUUGUUGUGGUUUACUUUACGAAUCUAAAUGUAAAUAGAAUUUUGUUGAUUUCUCGUUUGAUAUUUUGUGUCUGGUAUUAUGAUGUUUAUUUUGUUUGUUUGUUUUUUCAAAAUGAAAAGUCUUCCUAAAUUACAAUUUUCCAGAAAAGAAAAUGCACAUAAAUAUUGUAAUAAUGAUAAUAUUAAUACUACUUAUUUCUUAU